AUCUGUCAUUGUUGCUUGCAAGUUUCGCCUGCUGCGAAAUACGGAAUUUUCUAUUUUUAUCCUCAUCGGGAGACAAUAAAUAUAAACAUUUAUGCAGUCCGACGACGAAGACACGUCGUUGCAUUCAUGCUUCGAUUCGCUAAAAACCGCUGUCAUGGGGUGCUGCUAUAGUAUUUGCCACAAAGACAACGAUCCACAGGAGAACACAGUGAACGAAAGAACACAUCUCCUGGAGGUGACGGAGCAGCAGCAGGAGACGCCGGUGCCGGCCGCCUCGGCCUCCACUCCGCCGCGGAAACCUGAUGAGCAGAGCGCACUCAACAGGAUACUGCAUGAGACUGCCACCAACGUGAUCGACGUAGGAGCCCUAGGUCCCUACGCGUUGGAAGCCGGGGCGUACUCUGAGCGCGUCCGAGUAUACAGUGCUCGGGUGGCAGGGCUCGGCGCGGCGGGGGCGGCGGCGCCUCGGUUACUGGCUGACCUGCCGCAUGCUGAGCGAGCUGCCCUGCUGUCCAAGCCACCACUAGGAGCUGGGGAUAAGGACCUUAUAACAAAUGCCGUAAAGAAAGCGGCCGCUGCGAUCUCAGAGCUCCGAGUGGAACACCACGAGGACUUAGUGGUACCAUUCCGGGUGCCAUAGCAACGGCGGACCGCGUCUUACUGCGAGGACGAGCGGUCCUACUGACACGGACGCGACCACAGCGGGCACACCAAGUAAGAAUAGAUAGGUGAAUUAGGACAAACAAAUUUGUAGCAAAAAUGUGUUAUUUCUUACAAAAAAAUGUUGCGCAACCAUGAUGUGACGUUUGCGCAUCAAACCAAAAGUUGUGCAAAAUUGACUAACUUGUUGCGCAAACUUAAUGUAACAAUUGCGCAACAAUUCAAAAUUUGCGCAAAAUUACCGGACAGCGCAACCUUUUGUAUGAUAUACCACUUUUGUGAAACGCUUAAUCGGCCUUUAAAUUGAUGGACCUCUAUAAGAGGUCAUUAAACCUGUUUAUAAAUCUUCUACUAUGUAUUGUGCUGGUCACAUUUUGCGUUUUAAAGAAAAAGGCUGGCAUAGAAUCUUCUGCAAUGCUUAGUCUUUCUAUUGGCAUUUGCAUUGUAUAUUUCUUAUAAUUAUAUUCUUGCUUUAUUGUAAGUUGUUACUCUUGUUGCUUUUGAAAUAUGUAAAUUAUUUGCGUACAAAAAUCUACAAUACCUUUGUAAAUUGACUACAAAUCUAUUGGUUUUACUUUCCUUAUAAUCUUAAUUAUAAACUCAAUAUAAAAGUUAUUUUUGUUUCCUGAUUUCUAUGCCUGCUUUUUUUUCAAAUAAAAUAUAUACAUUUAUAACACCAUGUUAUAAAUGUAUAUAUUUUAUUUCAAGAUCAAACUCCAAUGGUUUUGUCUGAACAAGUCGUAAGACAGUUUCCUAAAAAGUAUAGCUUGUCUUAGCGACGAUGUCAUAGGAUGUGCAGGUACGUGUCCCGCCAAGCAAAUAGACUUACAUUACUAAUAAGAUGUAACUAAUUACUAGCAGUCUACUUACGGUACAUUUAUACUAUUCAUAAAACAAUGAUAGAUCUGUUUAAGUUAUUGAAUUAUUGUGAAAUUACUGCUUUGCUGACUCUUUAGCUGUUGAACCCAAUGACUGUACAGUCUUAGUACAUCAACUUAUUUCUUUUUGUCGUUGGAUUUUUGACUUCAUACCCAAACGUUAAGAGCUGAAAAUUGAAUAAAAAAUUUACAGAAACGAAAGAUAGGUAAGUUGACCUGCUUUCCACUGUAUGUAACUUAAAUGGACCACCUCCACCAAGAAAUUACCAUCCUCUUACAAAAUAUUACCGUAAAAGUUCCUGAUGCCAGACUUGUUUAAUUUCGCUAUUAUUUUAGGGGCAGAAGGCUUAAAAUGGCUUAAAUAGUGUCAUAAUAUUGCUACCUAACCCAACUCGUUUAAUUGCGCUAUCAUUUUAGAGGGAAGUCCUCAAAAAUGACGUCAAAAUGAAAUAGUUUUCUACACUCUAGGUAACGCAUUCGUAAUCCCUCUAAUGUUGCAAGUGUACUUAGGUCAUGGUGAUUAAUCACUUACUGUAAGACGGGCCUUAACACGUUCACCGCCAUUGGGGUCACCGGUGACCGACGUUAGCGGAAGAUUUCCCUUCAACAGGUUUUUAUUGGCACUUAAAGCCUUAAGCUUGUUGCGACCGAUAAUAGUAUAAAGACAACUAUCCUUAUUAUUUUUUUAUAAAUUACUUUAAUAAACUAUCGGUAAGUUUUGACUGAAGGUGACAAAUCCUUAAUUCCUUAAUAAUAUUAUAAAUCGGAAAGUGAGUUUGUUUGUUUGUUGGUUCCGCUAUCACACCAUAACUA